AUGACGCACAGUUUGGCUAUACCGCUGGACGCUAUAAUUCUUCUUAGAGCCUCCGAUCAAGAGAAACUGGAGAAGAAUUAUUGUGCGGUUUCAGGGCGCUCCGACAUAGGUACCCGUUGGACUUUCAACAGAGAGUUUUACCAGUACACCACAGAAGAAUGUCAUAUAUCGUACAUAGGGUUGAUCUCUUCUUAUAAAACAGGUGGGGAAGCCAACACAGGUGCCCCAGGACAGGACAGUUAUGAUGAUAACCACAGUCUGAGCUUUGGGACAUCUCUGGCAUCUGAUGAGGUCUCUCUUACCUCAGAUUACCUUGAAGAUGAGUCCGGAGAUGUAGAACAACCUGAACAGGUUUUAAAGCAUGGCUAUCUGGAAAAGAGAAACCGAGAUCAUGGCUUCUUUGGGUCGGAAUGGCAGAAGAGGUGGUGUGUUCUUACAAAUAUGUCCUUUUGUUACUACUCUAAUGAGAAAGGGAAGGUUCCCAAGGGUGGGUUCCUCAUAAAGGACUGUGGUGCCCAGUUGAUUCCAAACAUCCGCAAAGACUCUCGACGAGAUUCCUGCUUUGAGAUUGUGUCACCGGGCAAUCGCAGCUUUGAGUUUACAGCAACUAGUCCAGCAGAUGCUAGGGACUGGGUUGACCAGAUACAGUUUUUGGUAAGGGAUAUUGUUUCAUCGUUUAUACCAUACGAAGAUAAUGAGGAGUCUUAUGACGAUGUGGACAGUUUGAACACCUCUCCUAGGUUACGUCCCACAACUUUGGACAGUGCAGUUAACCCUAUAGAAGACGAUGAUAUCUAUGAGGUGGUUCCAGAUGAGGAAGAGGAGGAUUUAACAGAGUUGAAAGCAACAAAUGAUGGAGUGAAAUCAGGGGACUCUGUAAUUAACUAUGCAGAUUAUUACCAGGGACUCUGGAACUGCAAAAGUGACAAGAAUGAUGAGCUGUCAUUCCAGCGUGGAGACAUCAUCCGUAUUCUAAGCAAGGAAUAUAAUAUUUAUGGCUGGUGGGUUGGAGAGUUGGAUGGAAUGAUCGGUAUUGUACCUAAGGAGUAUCUGCAAGUUGCCUUUGACCUAGGAAGAAUCUGAGACUGCAGCUGUUUCAAGGAAAAUCGAAAGGGCUUUCUGUUGUUCUCAAGCUGAAAUGUUUACAUAAUAAAUGUCUGCUUGCUUCGUCUUUUGUACACAGCUUGGAAAUCAUACUUGUGACCACUAGAUGGCAAACUAUGUACAUGUUACCCAAAAAAUAAUAAAAUCUUUAGAUCUUAA